CAAAGGCAAGAGAGAGACUGCAACUUCCAUUAAAGGAACCCUCCUUCUCCCAUGACCUAACAUUUUUCUUUAAGUGAAAGGUGUUCCGAGAGAAACGGUCAUGGAAGAAGAUUUGGAGUUCUUUUUGCCAGCGUAGUUUAGUUUCAGAUGUGGAAUUAAGUGUAGAACAGGAGAAUCAGUGGUGACAUGGUUGUGCACUCUGUUUGGUGAAGGAGGAAGAACAUAAAUAAGGCUUAAAUGAAGCUCUCGAAAGAAUCAUCCUUCUUCCACAUGGGGAGGCACCUCCUUCCCUUCUUCCUUAUCACUUUUGGAAUGGUGAUGGGGGUCCUAUUAAGUCUCCACACUUCAACACCCUACACUGUUCAUCUAAUACCCCACUACUCUUCCAAUCCCAUUGCAGUAUCCAAGAAUCCAGUUCCUCCUCCAACCUAUCCCAAAGUAGAAGAAGUGGCAAAACCGACGGAUGCGAUGCACAACAUGACGGACGAGGAGCUGAUGUGGCAAGCAUCCAUGGUGUCACACGUUCGGCAGUAUCCAUAUUCACGUGUACCGAAGGUGGCAUUCAUGUACCUGACAAGAGGUCCCAUGCCAUUAGGGCCUCUUUGGGAGAGGUUCUUCAAGGGGCACAAUGGUCUCUAUUCCAUCUAUGUUCAUUGUCCACCUUCCUAUACUGUUGAGGCACCACCUGAUUCUGUGUUUUUCAGGCGAAAAGUACCUAGCAAAGUUGUAGAAUGGGGAAGGGCGACAAUGAUCGAUGCAGAGCGCCGACUCCUAGCCAACGCCCUCCUCGACUUCUCAAAUGAGCGGUUUGUGCUCCUCUCAGAGUCAUGCAUCCCCCUCUUCAACUUCACCACUGCCUAUUCCUACCUCAUCAACUCUCACCAUUCCUUCGUGGGAUCCUUCGAUGACCCUAGGCAUUGUGGCAGGGGCCGCUAUAACAAAACCAUGGCUCCCGAAAUUCUCCUCUCCGAAUGGCGCAAGGGCUCCCAAUGGUUCGAGGUGAACCGUGCACUGGCCAUAGAGAUAGUGUCUGAUACAAAGUACUACGCCAUAUUUAGAGAGCAUUGUAACCCACCUUGCUACAUGGAUGAGCACUACUUGCCUACUUUUGUGACAAAGAAUUUCCCAUCGAGCAAUUCGAACCGGAGCUUCAUGUGGGUCGACUGGUCGAGGGGUGGGUCGCACCCGGCAACAUUCAGAAGUGGGGAUGCCACUGAGAGGUUCCUAAAUCAGAUUCGAAAUAGUGAGAAUUGCACAUAUAAUGGGAACCCAACUUCUAUUUGCUUUCUCUUUGCAAGGAAGUGGGCUCCCAACGCGCUCCAGCCAUUGCUCCGGAUAGCCCCAAGGGUUCUAGGUCUUCCUCUGUAA